CCGUUCGCCCCGUCCCGGCCCCGUUUCCCGGUCCCGACCCCGUUCCGGCCCCCUUCGCCCCUGCCCGGCCUCGCCAUGAGCCGCCUCGGGCCGCCGCUGCCGCUGCUGCUGCUCGGGGCGCUGGGGGUCCUCACCCCAAACCCGACCGCGGGGCAGGACCCGGCCCCGAGCCCCCCGCCCAGCCCCCGGCCCAACGCCAGCAGGCCGGUGUUCCCGGUGUUCCCGUGCGGGGGGGACCAUCGCGGCGAGUCGGGGUUCAUCGCCAGCGAGGGGUUCCCCCGGCAUUACCCCCCCGGCAGCAACUGCACCUGGACCAUCACGGUCCCCGAGGGCCAGGUGGCCACUCUGUCCUUCCGCGUCUUCGACCUGGAGCCGGACCCGCUGUGCCGCUUCGACGCGCUCUCGGUUUUCGGGGGUCACGGCCCCGGGGCGCCGCUCUUGGGGCGCUUCUGCGGCACUUUCCGCCCGGGGGCUCUGCGGGCGCCCCAAAAUCGGCUCCGGCUGCACAUGGAGAGCGACGGCGGCACGGCCGGGAGGGGCUUCCUGGCCUGGUUCAGCGCCGGCAGCCCCCCGAGCAACGAGCACCAGUUUUGUGGGGGGCGGCUGGAGAAGCCCCAGGGGAGCCUGAGCACCCCAAACUGGCCCGAGGAGAAUUAUCCCCCCGGCAUCAGCUGCUCCUGGCACAUCGUGGCGCCCCCCGACAAGGUGGUGGAGCUGCGGUUCGGGAAGUUCGAUGUGGAGCCCGACCCGCACUGCCGCUACGAUUACGUGGCCGUGUUCGAGGGGGGGGCGCGGGACGACGCGCGGCGCCUCGGCCGCUUCUGCGGGGAGGAGACCCCCGGCCCCAUCGUGUCCCGCUCCCCGGAGCUGCUGGUGCAGUUCGUGUCGGACCUGAGCGUCACCGCCGACGGCUUCUCGGCCACCUACACCCUACGGGAGGGGGGCAGCGCCCCCGAGACCCCCACCCACAAACCCCGCGCUGGGGGCAAGGGGCAGCCGCCCCCCAGCCCCGCCACGGCCGCCCCCUGCCCCCAACGCUGCCGCCGCACCGGGACCCUCCAGAGCAACUUCUGCAGCAGCGACUUCGUGCUGACGGGGACGGUGAAAUCGGUGUCGCGGGGGUCGCCGCAGGAGCCGGGCUGGGCGGUGGUCUCCGUGCUCGCCCUCUACAAGUCGGGGGUCCCGGGGGUCCCGGGGGCGGCCAAGGGCUCCGCGCUGCGCCUGCAGCUGCCCUGCCGGCCCUGCCCCGUGCUCAAGAAAGGCUCCAGCUACGUCCUGAUGGGGCGGCUGGGGGCGGACGGGGGGGCCCUGCUGCCCCCCGACGCCUUCGUGGUGCCCUACCGCCCUCAGCAGCAGCAGCUUUUGGGGAACCUCAGCAAGCGGCCGUGCCGGGGGUCCCCCCCCUGAGACCCCCGCCCCACGCCGGGGGGGCGCCCCCCCCCCCGCGCCUUCGCAAAUAAAGGGUGCAGAGAUGGA